GACGUCGCCGUGACGACGACGAAGACGAAGACGGGGGACGGCUUUUCGAAUCGAUAAUUCGAGCGCGAUCGUGGGCAGCGUGGCGAACGAGAGACUCCCCCGAACAAGGAACAAGACUUCGGACGAGUCCCGCGGACGAGCGAGACGCGGGCCCACCCUCUCUCGCUCCUCCUCUUCCUCCACCUUCUCCUCCUCUUCCUCCGCCUCCUCCUCCUCCUCGUCCCGCUCUCUCCGUGGGAUACGCGUUACGUGACCAAGUGAUAAGAGAGCUCGCGGCGGCAGCGGGCGCACCGUCGCCACCCUCGUUUCAUUAUCGGCGCCGCGCAGCCUAUAUCCGGCGUCAUCCACACCGGCGGCGGCGUACACCCUCGGGUCUUCCGGUUGGAGAGAGAGAGAGAGAUAGCGCGGCACGACGACCAUGCACGGCGAUAAAGGGGUGCAGACGAUGAGAUGCAGGCCGCGGAAUCUGCAGGCGCGCCGCAGGAGGUGGCCCCUGCGGCUGGGCCUCUUCCUGAUCUACGUCCUCGUGCAGUACGUCUCCUCCGCGAAGACGCCCACGUCGGUGGAGAUGACGACCGCGUCGGUGCUGUUGUCGAGCUCCGCGCAGUGGGCGUCGGAGCCGCCGGUGUCUCCGGCCGGCUCCACCGUGGCGGAGGAGCCGGCGUUAGGGGAGACGUCGACGAUCGCCGCGGAGGAGCCGAGGAAAACGGGCCACGCGGAGGGAUCGAAAACUGAGAGGCCGCCGAAGGGGCACGGACGCGCGCGAGCCGAGCAGAAUGAGAGCUGGGCGUCGGAGCCGCCGGUGUCUCCGGCCGGCUCCACCGUGGCGGAGGAGCCGGCGUUAGGGGAGACGUCGACGAUCGCCGCGGAGGAGCCGAGGAAAACGGGCCACGCGGAGGGAUCGAAAACUGAGAGGCCGCCGAAGGGGCACGGACGCGCGCGAGCCGAGCAGAAUGAGAGCGUGCGAGGUCAGGCGAAGGAGACGGGGACCAAGGAGUCCGCGAAGAAGGGAACCGAGCCGCCACCGCCGAGGCACGCUCGAAACGUCACCACGACGGUCACCCCAGCCACCCAGAUGACCACGAGGUAUCCGUAUCCCACGGUGAGACCGCGAAGGACCAACUGUUCGGCGCCCGCCAUAGAGCAGUUUCCGCGGCCGUUGAUGGGCCCCGAGGCCAGAAAACACGGCGGGCUCAUAAUACACAUUCUGGCCGCUAUCUACACGUUCCUGGGCCUCGCGAUUGUCUGCGACGAUUACUUCGUCUCGAGUCUGGACAGGAUCUGCGAAGAACUGAGACUGUCUCCCGACGUCGCCGGUGCCACUUUCAUGGCGGCCGGCUCUUCCGCGCCCGAAUUGGCGACGGUCAUUAUCGGCGUGUUCUUCGCCAAGGACGACAUCGGAGUCAGCGGCGUUAUCGGCAGCGCCGUUUUCAAUAUAAUGUUCGUUAUAUCGAUCUGCGGCCUAUGCUCCGCGACGGCCUCCAAGUUGAACUGGUGGCCUCUCUGUCGAGACUGUUUUUUCUACGCCGUCUCGAUCCUCGUGAUGCUCGGCACGAUUUACAACGACUCCAUAUCCUGGAUGGAGUCUCUCUUCAUGUUAAUCAUGUACGGGGUAUAUUGCGUGGCGCUGUCGUUCAACGUCAAGUUGGAACGUUGGGCGAAAUCGCACAACAUUCCGUUCCUGCCGAAGGACGACGAGCCCGCCGAGCAGAGCGCCCUGGUGAGCUACAGAUCCUUACAGGAGGACCGAUUAUCCUACACCGGUCCCAACUCGCCGGUUACCGAUCAAAUGAAGAAUCAGGAAGGGAACGGCAUUCAAGAGACGAUCGAGCAACAGCAACAGCAGCAGCAGCAACAGCAGCCGUCGGCACCGAGGCAGCCCGAGUAUUACAAAGCGAAGGAGCCUGAUCCCAACGAAGUGUCGCCUCUCGUGAUGCCGACGGACGGUAACAAAUGGACCAUGUUCACCUGGGGCCUUGUGUACCCCAUCCACUUCAUGUGCCGGGCGACGAUGCCGGACUGCCGGCAGGAAAAGUGGCGAAGCUGGUACCCCUUCACGUUUUGCAUAUCGAUGAUCUGGAUCAGUUUCUACAGCUACAUAAUGGUGUGGAUGAUCACGAUCAUAGGUAGUACUCUGGGUAUUCCCGACACCGUGAUGGGGUUGACUUUCGUUGCCGCUGGUGUGAGCGUACCAGACGCCCUUUCCUCGCUGGCGGUCAUCAAGGAGGGUCUUGGUGACAUGGCGGUCAGUAACGCCGUAGGCAGCAACGUCUUUGACAUCCUGGUAUGCCUCGGUCUUCCGUGGUUCAUACAGACCGCUAUGAUACAGCCUGGCUCGCACGUGAACGUCACUAGCAGAGGUUUGACGUACUCCACCGUUUCCCUACUGUCGACGGUGGUAUUCCUAGUAAUGGCGACACAUCUGAACGGCUGGAAACUGGACCGACGAUACGGCAUGGUCCUGAUGGUCUGGUAUUUGAUAUUCAUCGUGUUCGCGUCGCUCUACGAGCUCAACGUCUUCGGCGAGAUGAAUCCGCCAGUAUGCCCCAGCAAGUUCUAAUGCAAUGACGCCUCGUUCGUUUCCGACCUUUGCUUUGCUCAACGCGGAACGAUCGUCCGGAGCAACAGUUCCCGGCCGAUUGGCUCGCGAACGAUGACGCACGCACGGUCGUAAAUCGUCGUAAACGCUCAGCGACCUCGUUCGAACGUCCCUGUCCCCCUCUUCUUCUUCCUACUCGAUAUCGAAGACAGCGAGAGACAGAAGAGCUUAGAAGGUAGCUGCAUGUCGAAAAGAAGCACGAUUUUUAGCUUGCUGUGAAAUUGUUGAAGCGACCGUUCGAGAUUUUAGAUAAGAGCAAAGGGCUUGUCGUUGAGCUUUCUUUCUUUCUAGGCUGUUGUAGAAAAUCUAGACAAUAUGUGCUCGCGCGUGAGUACACAGGCAUUGUAUCCUAUUGGUGCUAUCGAAAGUGACAAAAGAGUAUUUUGCUUGCUUCCGUUCGACUAACGAGUCCCGAUCGAAUUCCUACAAUCGUGGUGAAAGUGUGGAGAGUUUAUGAAUUUUCCCAAGCAACUAAGUUUUCGGACAGACAAUAUGAUAUAAAUUAUGUCGUUAUUGGCGGUAUCGCGGCAGUGGUUCAUCAAAGUCAGAAAUCGGCGUUAAAUCGAUCGUCGCAAAGUUCCAAACUUCUCCGGUCUUAACUCUUAGUCACAGACCUCGUUGUACGUCGCGCGAGACUUGUUCGAAUCGAUGUAGAAAAGAAGAUGUGAUACGUUUUUUAUCAGCCAUAUCGCGCAAAUGCCUGAGUACCAUGGAAGGGGAAUGCGUCUUGACAAUUAAAUAAUCGUUUUGUAUCCUAACAUUAGAGUAAAAGGAUCCAGUAGAGGUGCGGCUUGUUAGAAUAGAUCUUAGGAGCGUCAUAUUUGCAGCUAAAUGUUAAGACUGUUAACGGUGCUGUGUGAAUCGUCGAAAGUCGAUAUCACUGCGGAAUUGCUAGGAAACGUGAAAUACUCGACGAGAGUGGGCGAGAGAACUCUCUCUCUGGGACUGUUGCCGGAACAGUUGAGCGCGAUCCUUAUAUUAUCCGGCACGAUUUCGUAAUACAACACCUACUUUUCAAAUAUAUCUUCUAUCGCGAUACGCGGCGCGCGACGUACUGCGUGAAAUGUGAGAUAAGAGGAAGCGUCUUCGUGCGCUUCUCUCGAGAGGUAGAGGUGAAUACGGUUUAGCUCUGAUUUCGUUAAAAAUAUACCUUCGCCGCCAUCCAAGUGACCGGAAGAGACGAGACUUCGCGAGAUCAAAGGAGUUCCCUCGUUAGCGUGAGUGUAAACAUAAACCAAAAAAUCACUUUUUUCCAAAAGAACAGUAAAAAAGGAAAAGAACGAAAAGCCUUGCGAGGAAUGAACCGAGCGAAUUUUUCCCCCCCGAGUGACCGGGGACUAAAUUCGCGUUCUUCGGCGCCGACGAGGCGCGGAAAAUUCUCGAGAACGCUGGAGCAAGCGAAAUUUCAUCCCGCGACCAAAGGAUACGGAGGUAGGAAGGGGGAGGGAGCGGGAGAAUUCGUUCUCCACGAGGGCGAACGAGCGCUGAAAGUGACAAUAAUUAACGCAGCCUUAUCCGAUGAAAGUAUCUACAACUAGCACUAUUAUACUGCGCGUUCCUUGAGACCGAUUCGCGAAAGGGGUCACUUGUAAAUCGGUAGACGGGCAAGAGGAACCUCCACCCACGGAUAAUAGUCGGCGUACCUCCGCUUCCGGGAUCCUUUGAUCUUUCGAGCGCGCCGGAAUCGACGUCGAUGACGAGCCGCGGAAUCGCGCGACGGAAUCCCUGCAGGAGUCGCGAUUGAGAGAUGAGGCUGCAUCGGAAAAAAAAAAUUCGACUUAUCUCGCAUACUUUGUAUACUUAAUUUCUUACUCAACCGGGAAACGAUGAAAUAUCAUAGUAAUAUAUCAAUUAAAGUGUCAAUGAUAUUAAAUACAUGGUGGAGAUGUUAAAAGUGUUAAUGUAUCGCCGAAGAGAUAUCCGUAAAAUCCAUUUAAAUGACAAAACGGAAAACUUGGGUUGCUACGAGUAGAUAGUUCAGGUAUCUAAAAAAAUUUCUUUCGUUCAUUUACGUUUGAGAAUCCUGCGAGCAUUUUGUCCACGCAGCACGUUGGACUGUAUCUUUAAUCGGCAGUUUCCUUAAUCGGGCUUAAACAAUCGCAGGUAUGAAAACUGUAAGAAAUCGCAAGGAUCGCGCAGACGCUUUAGUGUGAUUAUAUAAAUUUAGCGUACAUAUAAAUAUAUAUAUAUAUAAUAUAAUGCGAAGAAGCUUAGAUCGUAAUGACUAUUGACCGUUCAACGUGUUUGUUCACUACGUUUGUCCGUUAUUGUUAGCGCGUUAGAGCGAUUUAUGCAUAUAAAUACUAUUAUUACAUAUAUAUGUAUAUGUGUAUGUGUAUAUGUGUAUAUGUAUAUACGCAUAUGCAUGUAUAUAUUCGCGUUGCGAUGCGUUCGGUGCCGAUGGCGAAGUGGCCGAAAUGUAUUUCAAGGCUGCUUCAUUCGAUCUGCGGCAGAGACGAAACCGCAACCCUAACAGCACAUGUUUAAUUCUGAGAAUAUUCGGGGGAUAUCAAAAGGAUAUAGAAUAUCGCAGGGAUAUUUCGAGAGUGUCAGGUACAUUCUUAGAGUCCAAUCUACGAGACGUAUCGGUAUAUCGUGUGCUGUUAAGGAAGCGUAAUCCGACGUCCGCGGCGUCGGACGCGUCGACGCACGACUUCCAGGAUUUAGGAAGCGCCUAGGCCGACAGUAAAGAGGCGCCUUAGAUCUUCAUUAAAAGCGGACCAGUCUCGCCGUCGACUUCGCGGGUCCCAUACCGCGGCGUCGGCCGCAUCAUUCAUCGAGGGAGGGUACAUCGAACCUGGUGAACGAGUCUCGUUCGCGCGUACGGAAAAGCGAGAGGGAGGAUUGUCAGGGGUGCGCUUUAAGGGAUCUUGUUCGGCUUCGGCCUGAAAUUCGUUAGAGGUUCAAUUGACCUCGGGGAGAUGUUUAGGAUUCACGAGAACCUGGGGCGACCACCCCUGACGCGGAGAGCCGCGCGAGGACCCCGCGGGUCCGCACCUCGAGCAUCAACGAAUGAAAAGCGUUAGGGACUUAGAGUGCUAGGAGUCUACCCGGCGACUUUUUCUUUUCUACCGCGCAGCCCGAAACCGUCGGCCGAGACGUCGAUGAUCGCUCGGGGAACCGGUGUGUCGUUUAGAGUCAAUUCACCUGUGGCAAUUAUUAGUAGUUAAUUAGAGGAGCGCGGGAGGCGACUCUUGGAGGACGGGGAGGAGAGGGGGAUGAUGCAUGCACCGUCCCCCCCUCGGUCUCCCGCUUUUCGGGGAGCGUCCGAACGUCGAUCAAUUCGAGGGUGUCCUUAAUAGCGUGUAAUCGAAGUCAAUAACGUACCUUUUAGACGUCUCUCUCAUAAUUGUAAUUUCGUGAGUCGCCCGUCCUUUACAUAACGAUGUUCCCCAUUACCUCCAGCGGUUCCCAGAGGAUUGCACGGGGAGGCCGACGACGACGACGAUCUAUUCUGCACACGCACACACUAACACACACACGCGCGCGCGCGCGCACGCGCGCACACACACACACACACACACACACACACACACACACACACAUCCACCGUGCAAUACACUUGUACAAAAUGCAGUAGGCAGGAUAACGACGUUAUUUAAAAAUAUACGCAAACAAUAUCGAGGGUAGAAACCGAAGGGCGUCGGGCGUAGCGGGGAUCAGACGUAAUCGUGUUGUUGACCUACCGGGAUAUAAUACGUAGAUUUUAUAUCACGACAUUGUGUACUUAGACUAUACAUAUAUAUAUUACCUGAUUAAUUAAGUUUAUACAGCCGUCUCUCCUCUACCUGCAGUAUUAUCCCAGUCUUCGCCGCGUACAAUACGUUCGAAUACGUUCGUACCUGUUAAAUCGCGAAGGAGAGAGCCCACUUCCCUCCCCGUUCCGUGUCGUAUACAGCAAGUCGUCUAUCGACGAGUUUCCUCUCCGGAAGAUCCACUCGACGCCUCGCUUCGCAUCUCCGAACCCGCACUCUCCUCCUUGCAGUCAGGACGCAACGGCAGACGCGGCCGGCCAGUGGGCAGCUACGAAAGUAAUCAUAAUUAUAUAACGAGACACACAAUUAUAUAGGCACGUAAGACGUAUUUAAAAGAAACAAGAACUGCAUAUAGCAAGCGAAGAAAGUAGACGUACAACGAAUACAACGAUAUAUCGGCUGCCGCUGUGAUAGCCGCGCUAUUUUGCCCGUACCGCUUUCAGCCGUCGAGGGAGAUUUCCCCGAGAUCUCCUUCUCCCUUUCCGCGCCGCCGUUCACGCGUCGUCGUACAAAAGAGAAAAAGCAACAAGCAUGCGAAUCACACCGGGACCUCUCCGACCUGUGUCUCUUUCCAUCGUUAUUCAAGUUUCCAGAAGUAUAUCCUAACGCGUCAAUAUAUAUAUUGUAUCUAGUCAUAGCUUAUUACAACGUUAUGUAAAUAAUUGUUCUACCAAUGUCGCAUAUAUAAAUAUAUAUAUAAGUAUUAUAUAUAUUUA